AGCCGCGAGGCCGCCGCCGCCGCGAUGGGGCCCGCCGCCGGGAGCCGGUGAUGGAGCCGCGGCCAUGGCGCGCGCCGCAGCAGGGGCCGGGCCGGGCGGGGGCUGGCGCGACGCGGCGGGGGCCGCGGCGGAGGAGCUGUCCCUGGAGGAGGUGCUGAAGGCCUACGAGCAGCCCGUCAACGAGGAGCAGGCGUGGGCCGUCGGCUUCCAAUGCUGCCGCGGGCUGCUCCAGCCCGACCCGCCGGGCGCCGAGGAAAGGCGACGCCGCCGACGGGGACCGGCCGGACGCCUCCGCGACACCGCCGACCUCCGCCUGCACAAGGACGGCGCCGUCUCUGCCCGCGGCGAGUUCGGCGAGGCCCAGCUUCCACUGACCUUGGCACCUGCAGCAGAAGCACAGGUGGUGCAGUCCCUGGGUUUUGUCAUCUACCAGGCCCUUGACUGGGGCCUGGAGGAGAAUGAGGAGCGUGAGCUGAGUCCCGAACUGGAGCGGCUGAUCGAUUUGAUGGCCAACAGCGACUCUGAGGAUAGCGGCAAUGGCAGCAGCACUGCAGACGAAGGCUACGGCGGGCAGGAGGAAGAGGAGGAGGCGGUGGCCAAGGGGACCCUGAGUGCUGUCCGCACAUUCAGCCAAGUGAUGCAGCUCUGUGCUGCCCGCCUCUCCCAGCCCCAGGAGGCCCACGUUCACUACCAGGCGGUGUGCCGGGCAUUGUUCCUGGAGACGGUGGAGCUGAAGGCUUUUCUGGCCAAGAUCCGGGACGUCAAGGAAAUGCUAAUCAAGCUGAAGGAUGAAGAUGAAGAACUGAGGGACCGAUCCGCAGCAGAGCUGGAUAACCUGAGGAACACGGACUGGGCUCGGCUCUGGGUCCAGCUCAUGCGAGAACUGCGGAAUGGUGUAAAGCUCAAGAAGGUCCAGCAGAAACAGUUUGACCCCUUGCCCACUGAGUAUCAGCUGACGCCUUUUGAGAUGCUGAUGCAGGACAUCCGAGCCCGCAACUAUAAACUCCGCAAGGUCAUGGUGGACGGAGACAUUCCACCCCGGGUGAAGAAGGACGCCCAUGAGCUCAUUUUGGAUUUCAUAAGAUCUCGUCCGCCUCUGAGACAGGCUUCCGAGCGCCAGCUGCGUCCCAUGCCUCAGCAGCAGAGGACCCUUCAUGAGAAGAUCCUGGAGGAGAUCAAACAGGAACGGAAGCUCCGGCCUGUGGAAUUGCAGCAUCAGGACCAGAGAGGGUUUGGUUCCUUGCCCUGCCUGGUGAAUGCCUGCUCCAGCAACAUGAAGUCGACCUCUUGCAUCAACCUCUCCGUUUCAGAGUCCGGUGCCCCAGCUCAGCGCCAGAGGCCGAGGGUCCUGCUGAAGGCACCCACACUGGCAGAGAUGGAGGAGAUGUUGGUUUCUGAAGAAGAAGAGUCUCCCUGUUCAGAGGCGGUUCAGGAGCUGGGACCCCUGAUGCCCCUGAAGCGGGACCGCUCCUUCUCCGAGCAAGACUUGGCCCAUUUUCAGGGUGAAAGUGAUAGCAGCGAGCCUCACCGGGAGUACUUAAGGCCCAGCCUGUCAGACCUGAGGCCUCGCUCAGGUACCAUGUCCGCUGCAUGGGCCAGCAUGGAAAAUAUGGGAUCGGUUCCGGCUCGCUACCACCCCCGGGUCGGUUUGUGUCCUCGUAAACAAGACAACCUCGGUUCUGUAGAGGAGAAUUUGGAGACCAGCUCUGUUCCGAUCACGGAUGCCAAUUUGAAAUAUUUGUGGCUACAGGAGUUCAGCCACCCCGUAGAAAGCCUGGCGCUCACGGUGGAGGAAAUGAUCAACGUGCGCCGGGUGCUGGUGAAAGCAGAGAUGGAGAAGUUUCUUCAGAGCAAGGAGCUCUAUACCAGCCUGAAGAAAGGGAAGAGCUGCUGCUGCUGCCAAACCAAGUUUACGCUCUUCUCCUGGCCCCCAACCUGCCUCUUCUGUAAGAGAUCUGUCUGCAGCUCCUGCAGCCUGAAGAUCAAGAUGCCCUCGAAGAAGCUUGCCCACAUCCCUGUCUAUGCCCUGGGCUUCGAGACGCUGCAUGGCUCUCUGGGUGCCAAGGGCUCCCCAGGCCGCCGGCAGGAAACUUUCCACUCCCUGCAGGGCACCCACUGGCGCAGCGUGGAGGAAGAGUUCCCCUGCAUCUAUGCUCAUGGGUCAGUGCUCAAGGACGUUUGUCGUGAUUGCUCUGGCUUUGUCACAGAUGUCGUCAGCUCCAGCCGCAAAAGCAUGGACAUUCUCAACACCAAGCCGGGGAGGAGUCGCAAAACCCAAUCGCUGUACAUCUCGUCCAGUUAGAGGCGCCCGGAACAUCCCCUCAACGUGCCCCCCCCACCUCCAGCAUCCAACCCUCGAAGGCUAGGCAGCCACGAUUCUCUGGCAGAUGAAACACGGCUUUGGGGGUCUGCUGGCUCCCAUCUUCCAAGGACAUCUGCCUGCUGCUUACGUACAUAUACAUAUACAUGUACAGAUACAUAUACAUAUACACAUAUACACAUACACAUAUACAUUCACAUACGUAUACACACACACACACACACACACACACACACACACACACAUAUACCGCACCCACCCACACACCCACACACACACCCUUAUAGAUACUCUAUAUUUAUACAGCGGAUAAGUUGCUUUAGCUGAUCAGCAUGGCAACCCCCUUCAUUGGCAAACGAGAACUUUGCCGAAACCACCCAACCUGGAGGUCAGCCAGAGGGAGCCUGGGCACCAGAGGUCCAGCUGCGCUGGUGGGCAGGAAGAUGACCUGUCAGGCAGAGGCCAGCUCCUUCUCUGCUGCUUUCCCCACUUUUUCCCCUGGAGAAGCUCCCCACCCCUUGCUGAUGCCUCUGAAGGAAACGUUCUUUCAGCCUUUGGCUUUCUUGCAAAGCGGGCUCCCUCCCAGCCACCUGCCGGCUGCUGAAUGCACCUUACGGAGCUGCUGGCUGCUCCUUGUCAUUUCUUUGGCUCUUGCUUGUUGUCUUUCCCUAGAGCAAGAAACGAAGCAGGUCUCCUGCAAAGACUAUGAAAAAGGGCGCCAUUUCCCUCUCAUUCUCCCUCUACAGGAAUGUGUCUUAUUUGUACUGCCAAUAAUAAAAUAACUAAUUUUGUAAGAAUUUAGAUAAAGAGCACCUGUUCCCAGCUACUGAGAGCAAUCUGCAUAGGGAGGACGACUGCUGGCUGCGUGGAGGGUGCCAGGAUCUUUGUGGAGCUGGAGGUGGCUUGGACUGAAAUCCUGGUUCCUACAUAAACAGGGCCACACUUACACAUUGCACUAAGCUGUGUAAACUAUGUAAACUGCAAAGUAAAUUGUGGCUACUUGUGUAGUGGCCUA